UGACCCCCGGGGUCACCAUCCCGUAUAGACCCUAUAAGCUGCUGCUCGGACACUGCAGGAUGUGACUGUGAUGGAUGCGGUUGUAUCGGGGUCUGUUCACACUCUGCGAUGAGAUUCGCACAACACCCAGACUACUCCAGGUUCUCAGGAUGAUGGACGAAGCGGAGAUCCGGAGGGUCGCGGUUGGACACGUCCUGUGCUGGCUGGCCGUCCUCUUCUCUCUCUGCGUCCCACCACUCCUCCUAGACGGAUUCUCACUUUUGGGAACGCACCUCACGUGGCUCUUCAUCUGCUCGGCCUGCGUCGUCACUGUUAACGUUCUCUUACGUCUAACCCUGAAACCAAAUCCCUCAACCAAAAGGAGCUCGUUUUCACACAAGGUCAAUAAACUAUACAAAUCCUGCCUCUACUUCUGUGUGUCCUGCCUGCUGUUCCAUGGCAUUAUCGUCCUGUAUGGGGCGCCUCUUGUAGAAUCAGUGGGGGAAACCUUUUUGUUUGCAGUCCUGCUCUCCUCUUUCACCACAUCUCGCUGUCUCUGUAUACUAGGACCAAACUUUCAUGCUUGGAUCAGAGUGUUCAGUAAGGAUGGGGCGAUGUCCGUCUGGGAUCACAGUCUACAGAUCACCACAAUCUGCAGUAUAGUAGGAGCCUGGCUGGGAGCAUUCCCUAUACCAUUAGACUGGGAUAGGCCUUGGCAGGUAUGGCCAGUCUCCUGCUCACUAGGUGCUACGUUCGGAUACGUCGUUGGUCUUCUACUGGCUCCCUUCUGGAUUUACUGGAACAGGAAACGGCUCACAUACAAAAGCAGAUAGUAAGAGCGGGGCGCAAGACCGGAUCUUCUGUUUUGUGCAAUGGGACUUAAGAUGCGGACCAGAACAAGCGCAGUCACCACACACUGCACACAUAGUGCCGCUAUAAAUUAGACCCUGAGAACCAACACCUUUCCUUCUGAAGGUUUGAGCUAUCAUGUCCCCGAUGUGAUGCUGCCACCAGCAACGUGUCUGUAAAGCAGGUCAAUAAAAGUCUUAUGUGCAGCCGUG